CAUCCUCUUGUCUCUCCUCCUCACCCUUUCCAUCUCUUCCUCCCUUGUCCUUCACUCCUCUCCAGCUGCCAGAAGCUCGCAGGCUCGGCGCCCCUCCUCGUCCAACCACUGACGAUUCCGAAGCUCUCCGGACAAAGACCUCGCCACAGAAGCCAAGAUGGCAAUGAGCAGCAUCCUCAACGCCGAUGACAUCAAGAAAGCUCUCGACGCAUUUGCAGUUGCUGACUCGUUCGACCACAAGAAGUUCUUCGAGAUCGUUGGUCUGAAGUCCAAAUCCCCCGACGAUGUGAAGAAGGUCUUCACGGUGCUGGACGCCGACAACAGCGGCUUUAUAGAGGAAGAGGAGCUCAAAUUCGUCCUGAAGGGUUUUGCCAAGGAUGGCAGAGACCUGACAGACAAAGAAACCAAAGCGUUUUUAAAAGCGGCUGACAAGGACGGAGACGGCAAGAUUGGAAUCGAUGAAUUUGCUGCCCUUGUGAAGGAAUGAACAGCCGCCCAUCGCCGUGACGGAUCGCCUCCCAGCCCUCACCAUCCCGACUCCAUGCUCACCCCCUCCCCCACGCCUCACUGCAACCUGCACCCCCCCACAC